UAUGGAAAUACUGGAAGGAAGAUGGCGCAGAAUAUCUUAUGUGUACUGUUGUUUAUUAUUCAAACGUUCACGAUAUUGAGCGAGCCAAGCGAAGCAGUGGUGAAGUUCGACGACGAAGAGGAGAUCUAUGGGGUCAAAAAUAUCUAUCCCUUCAAGUGCUAUACUCCAGAAGAAGAAGCGACAACACAAGGGGCACCAGUCACCACAACCACAACAACCGAACACGUUGAAGAAGAAACAAAAACGGUGAAUUAUGAUGACGAUUUGUAUUAUUGGAUGCCUGUUUAGGAUGCGGUUUUGUUCCUUCUCAGUUUGCGAGAAUUGUUCAAUCAGUCUUUUACCUAAUACCGAUUGAGCACCUAUCAAUUUUUUUCUCUACACACCAACUAUUGGGAUACAUUUCCCAUUUCACUUUAAAUAUGUAACUUAAGUUUCUGUAAUCUCGAAAGUUUUUUUCUUAUCUGUUCACAUCCAGUUAAUAAAUAACAAUUUUGCACAAUUCA